GUGCGGUGGCCGCAGGGACGGAAGCCGGGAGGCGCCGCCGACCGCGCCUGCGACAGCGUCAGCUCUGCGCGGAGCGCCGGCCCAUGGCGGCGGCGGCGGCGGCGAUGGCAGAGCAGGAGGGUGCCCGCAACGGCGCCCGCAACCGCGGUGGCGUCCAGCGCGUGGAGGGCAAGCUGCGUGCCAGCGUCGAGAAGGGUGACUAUUACGAGGCGCACCAGAUGUACCGGACCCUCUUCUUCAGAUACAUGUCCCAAAGCAAACAUGCAGAGGCCCGGGAGCUCAUGUACUCAGGAGCAUUGCUCUUCUUUAGUCAUGGCCAGCAGAACAGUGCGGCUGAUUUGUCCAUGCUGGUCCUUGAAUCCCUGGAGAAGGCAGAGGUGGACGUAGCUGAUGAGUUAUUGGAAAAUCUGGCUAAAGUGUUCAGUUUGAUGGAUCCAAACUCCCCUGAGCGAGUAGCUUUUGUGUCCAGAGCCCUGAAGUGGUCCAGUGGAGGGUCUGGGAAGCUGGGCCAUCCUCGGCUCCACCAGCUGCUGGCCCUAACGCUUUGGAAAGAACAAAACUACUGUGAGUCUCGGUAUCACUUCCUGCACUCCACUGACGGUGAGGGCUGCGCCAACAUGCUGGUUGAGUACUCCACCGCCCGAGGCUUCAGAAGUGAAGUGGACAUGUUCGUGGCCCAGGCUGUGCUACAGUUUCUCUGUUUGAAAAACAAGAACAGUGCACUGGUGGUCUUUACAACGUACACACAGAAGCACCCAUCCAUUGAGGAUGGGCCACCCUUCGUUCAACCCCUGCUCAAUUUCAUCUGGUUUCUGCUGCUGGCUGUGGACGGUGGCAAGCUGGCUGUGUUCACAGUGCUGUGCGAGCAGUAUCAGCCGUCUCUGCGGAGAGACCCCAUGUACAACGAGUACCUCGACAGGAUUGGACAGCUCUUCUUCGGUGUGCCGCCAAAGCAGACAUCCUCCUAUGGAGGCUUGCUAGGGAACUUGCUGAGCAGCCUCAUGGGCUCCUCAGAGCAGGAGGAGGGGGAAGAGAGCCAGGAUGACAGCAGCCCCAUCGAGCUGGACUGAAGCUGCCUGGCCAGCAUGGAGAUGCCCAUGGCCGGCACCACUGGGAUGGAUUCAGUGCCAGGCUGGGCACGAGGCCCCUUACCAGUGGGCUCCUGCUCCGCAGCUGGAGGGGCCACCUGUGCAGAGUCUGUCCCUAUUUAUGUAUGGUGGCUGAGGGCUGUAUGGCCAGGACCAAGAGCAAGGCCCAGCUCCUGCUGGCCAACCGUGUUCCUUCAGAUCACCCACAAUAAAGCGCAGGCCUUGCUGCAGCACCCCGCUGCCAUCCUUGUCUCUGGUUCCUUGGGGAGGGCUGCAGGGUGACAGGCAGCCUGGCGUCAGCGACUGGUAUCCCUUCUCCUGUGUCCAGUGCAGCCGUGGCAUACUGGAGGAAUGGUGGCCACUGCUGUGAGCCAGGCAGAUUCUGAGUCCUGAGGAUGAGAUCGGGUUUCUUGUUUGAAUUUUGUUUGGACACAGAGUCGUUUUGCAAUCAUGGUGAGCUUCCCAGCAUCAGAGCACAUGUGCUGUGGUGGGCAGACUCCUUGGAGGUCGCAAGCAGCUGGCCAGGGCCAUGUCCCGUGAUCUGUAGGGCUUUGGCCCCUGCUGUAGUCUGUGGGCUUGUCUAUUCAAGCCGCAGCUCUGCUGGUCCCCAUGAGCCCCACACCGCUGCUCUGGAGAUGUUUUAAAGGUGCCGUAGACUUUCAUGUCCUCCAUGUUGCAGUAUUUUACUGGGUGAGGAAUUUUUCAACCUGAUGUUUUAGGACUUAACCAAAUAACCAGUCCAGGAAUGAGCAACCCCAUCCAUUACCACAGAUAAUAUCCACGCUACCAAUCUGAUUAUAAAGGGAGACACUUUAUUUUUUCACAAUUAAAAUAGAGUUGUAGAUUAAUACAUCUCUAUCUUGCAUGGGAAGGAGGGAAAUAUGCGUUAUUUACUGUAAAAAAAAUGGAAUUUAAAGGAAGGCUUGUGUCACCUGUUGACUAUAAAUAAAUCCUUUCUACUGGG